AAACAGCUUUGUAAGUCUUUUCUGAUUAGUGAUUUUUAAAUAUGAACUCUUUCAUCCUUUUGGGAUUUUUAAAAACUGUCAUCGAUCUUUGAUUUAUCAUUGUGUACAAAUUAUAAAUUUUAUAGGUUGUCAUCAUACAUGCCACUUGGUUGGUCCAAGUUGUAAGAUACCAACUCUCAUGGUUGGGCGGCCCACCAUGACCUUAUCUAUAGCCCAUAACUUUACAUAAGGUAAUUUUAAAAGAAUCUGCAUUCGAUUUUCACAAAAUAGCAUAAGGUAAUUUAAUAUGAUCAAUGAUCUGUAAUUUAACAACUUGCCUUGUCUUUUUUACUUCGCAUCAAAGCAUAUUGACGGUGUUAACGGAGCUCGUUGGCACUAGGCAGUUGUCAAAUGUUCAUUGGUUGAACAUUACGUGUUAAAUGAUAAAUCUCCAAUAAGCCAGUAGCCACAUCAGUUUUUUUUGUUCCUUUGCAUAUAAUAAUUAAAAAUGUUUUAAAUCCAUAACAGCAAGGAACAUAAUUGAUGGUGCCCCAAUAAGCAAAAAUAUUGAAUUUCUUCCUAAUAGUCAGACAAAAAAGAUUAACCCAAUUGCAAAAAAAGGUUUAUUAUAAUAGUGAAUCUUUACAUAUAAUAAAUAUAUACUUUCCUACCCAUGUUAUUUAAUUACUUUAUGCUGAAAGUUAAAUCCAAAUCUGCAUCUUGGUGCAUUUACUCAAAUGUAAAAAAAAAACAAUUUUAUGUUUCGAAAAGAAAAAAAAGAGAUGAAUAAUAUAGUGAGCCUCGUAUAUAACACCAUCCAUCUCUCUUUUUCUUCUCUGUUUCGAUAUUUCAACUUCCCCUCUCUCUCUCUCUUCUGUAACUUCCCUUCUUUCUCUCUCUCUCUCUCUCGCUGCAUAUCUGAUUCCCUUUGAUUCGAUGAAGAGAGUUGCAUCGGCAUCAGCUAAUAUGACGACGGUUAAGGAUGAGUGGGUGGCAGCGGCGAUGACGGACGACCAGAUGGUCGUAGAGCUUCUUUUACGGCUGAAGCACGCGGGGACGGUGGCUGCGGAAAAUCCGGCGUCGAAUCUGGCUCCGAUGCGGUGGGGAAUCCGUCAACGGCGGUCACGCUCCUCAAGAUUUGGCGGCGGCGUAACGUUGAAGAAGGAUGCGGAUUCGGUUAGAGGUAGUCCGAAGACUCCGCUCUCAUGGAGCGGCGGAUCUGGAAGUGGCGGCGCCUCUGCAUCCCCCUCCGCCGAGGACACCAGUCGCCAAGCUAGCUGCUCCACGUCUACAGGAUCCGGAUCUAAGGCUUUCCCCACUAACGAAAUCACCAGUUGUUUUCCCAAGAGAUUGAAGGACAAGAAGUCAACUUCUGAGCUUAAACACGAAGAGAACUUGAAGUUGAAGGAAAGACUCCACCUUGAAAAGGUACUUUCUCUUUUUCUAACCUUUGUUUUUCAAAAUAUAUAUAUAUAUGAUCUUGCUCGUAUUUCUAACAAAUCGGGUUCUCUUCUACAGGAGAUUGCAAGUCUCCGAGCAACAUUCGACCAACAAAACGUAAUGAACCAAAGGUUGAAGAGGAUUAAGCUUGACUUGAACUCAGGCAAUGUCAAGAACGAGACUCCUGUUGAUCUGAUUCGUAAAUCACAAGGCGAAUCAAAACCUUGCAGAAUAGAGGGCAAGACCGCUAGCUCGGAGAGCUUAUUCUUCUUACCUGAUCUCAACAUAACACCAUCCGAGGACGAGUUAUUGUAUGGAACUAGCUAGGUGCCAAAAUUUCUAUCUCGAUUUGAGUUACAACCAAGAAGGGAGGCAGAGACUUUAACAAAGAAGGUGAUUGUAUAUUGUCUCUUCCCAUCAUUCUUGUUUCUUUCCGGGGGUAAAACGCUCAUUACUUCUUGAUUAUUUUUUUUUUAAGAAGAAAGUGAAUGUUAAGUUCUUUAGUGUUUUGUUCUCUCUCUUUUCUACCCGAUUCCUUGUAGCUAAAGCGUUGUUUGAGGAAAAAGUAGGACAACUAAUAGACUUUUGUGUCUUCGAAUUUCUCCUUUAUUUUAAAAAUUAAAAGGAUAAACCCUUUGUUUC